CCAGCGCGAGGCGCCGAGCGCGCUCCUCCUCUCGCGCAGCGCCAGCGCCACCCCCGCGCCGUGGCUUUAUAAACGCCUCUUCCAACCCUACCGCACCAUCACCACCACCGCUCUCUCCUCUCCUCUUCUCUCGUCUCCCCGCCCGAGCUCACCAACGCCCCUCCUCGCCGCGGAUCCCCCGCUACUCCGGUAGAAAAUGGCUGACGCCGAGGAUAUCCAGCCCCUCGUCUGCGACAAUGGAACCGGUAUGGUCAAGGCUGGGUUCGCUGGAGAUGACGCCCCGAGGGCCGUCUUCCCCAGCAUCGUGGGGCGCCCGCGCCACACCGGUGUCAUGGUCGGGAUGGGGCAGAAGGACGCCUACGUCGGUGACGAGGCGCAGUCCAAGAGGGGUAUCCUGACCCUCAAGUACCCCAUCGAGCACGGAAUCGUCAGCAACUGGGACGAUAUGGAGAAGAUCUGGCAUCACACCUUCUACAACGAGCUCCGUGUGGCUCCCGAGGAGCACCCCGUCCUCCUCACUGAGGCGCCCCUGAACCCCAAGGCUAACCGUGAGAAGAUGACCCAGAUCAUGUUCGAGACCUUCAACACCCCCGCCAUGUACGUCGCCAUCCAGGCCGUCCUCUCUCUGUAUGCCAGCGGUCGUACCACAGGUAUCGUGCUCGACUCGGGAGAUGGUGUCAGCCACACUGUCCCCAUCUACGAGGGAUACGCCCUCCCCCACGCCAUCCUGCGUCUCGACCUGGCUGGCCGCGACCUCACCGACUACCUCAUGAAGAUCCUGACUGAGCGCGGCUACUCCUUCACUACCACUGCUGAGCGGGAAAUUGUCAGGGACAUGAAGGAGAAGCUCGCCUACAUUGCCCUGGACUACGACCAGGAGAUGGAGACUGCCAAGACCAGCUCUUCCGUGGAGAAGAGCUACGAGCUUCCUGAUGGACAGGUCAUCACCAUUGGCGCUGAGCGCUUCCGCUGCCCUGAGGUCCUCUUCCAGCCAUCCUUCAUUGGGAUGGAAGCUGCUGGCAUUCACGAGACUACCUACAACUCCAUCAUGAAGUGCGACGUGGAUAUUAGGAAGGAUCUAUAUGGCAACAUCGUCCUCUCUGGUGGUACCACUAUGUUCCCUGGGAUUGCUGACAGGAUGAGCAAGGAAAUCACUGCCUUGGCUCCUAGCAGCAUGAAGAUCAAGGUGGUUGCUCCUCCAGAAAGGAAGUACAGUGUCUGGAUUGGAGGAUCCAUCUUGGCAUCCCUCAGCACCUUCCAGCAGAUGUGGAUUGCCAAGGCUGAGUACGAUGAGUCCGGCCCAUCCAUCGUCCACAGGAAAUGCUUCUAAUUCUUUGCGCCCAAGAAAUGCAAGCCGAGAGGAGCCAUUAUCACCAGCCUCCUGCCCUGUUUCUUUCUCUUUUUGUUGCUGUUUCUUCAUUAGCAUGAACAAAGUUUUCUGCCGGUCUAUCGGCCACCGCUUUCUUCUAUUCAUCAAGACUGUAAUAUCUAUUGCUACCUAUGCUUCUCACUUGUGAUUUUGGACACAUAUGUUCGGUCUAUUCAAUUUUAAUGAGAUGCCUGAUGAGGCUACUAGCAUAUACAUAUGGUGUUCAGAUUGCCAUUGGUUAUUGAUGUCUUAUGAAUGAAUAAUAUCAAAUUUUGUCA